GACUUUGAAACCGACAGCUCGCGUACUUCCUCUCAGUCGCACUCCAAGCAUCAGCUGGAUCCAACGCGGAUUGACACGCACGAUUUUCACACACAAAUCAGUCCACAUUUUCACAGACAGAAAAUGGUCGCAGAAACGUACAGUAAGGCCAAUCCCGAGCUGAAGGAAGAACUAAGCGCGAUCGCUCAACAGAUCGUCGAACCAGGCAGGGGUAUCCUAGCCGCCGAUGAGUCGACCUCGACAAUUGGCAAACGUCUUCAGGAUAUCAACGUUGAGAACAACGAGGACAACCGCAGAGCUUAUAGGCAACUUCUUUUCACUACAACGAAAGAUGUUAUCGGACAGCACAUCUCCGGAGUGAUCCUCUUCCACGAAACUCUCUAUCAGAAGGCCGACGACGGCACGCCGUUUGUCGAGCUACUGAAGCAGCGCAAUAUCAUCCCCGGCAUCAAGGUCGACAAAGGUAUUGUGCCGCUCUUCGGCACGGAUAACGAAUGCACAACCCAGGGUCUCGAUGACCUCCAGGCGCGUUGCGUCCAGUACAAGAAGGACGGCUGCCACUUUGCCAAAUGGCGAUGCGUGCUGAAGAUCACGAAGGACACGCCGAGCAAACUUGCCAUCUUGGAGAACGCAAAUGUGCUGGCCCGUUACGCUUCCAUCUGUCAGAGCGCCAGGAUCGUGCCGAUCGUGGAACCCGAGAUUCUGCCCGAUGGUGACCAUGAUCUCGCUCGUUGUCAGCAGGUCACGGAAGAGGUCCUCGCAGCCGUUUACAAGGCACUCUCAGAUCACCAUGUAUACCUCGAGGGAACGCUGCUCAAGCCCAAUAUGGUGACGCCGGGCCAGAGCUGUCCGACGAGAGCGACUCCCCAGCAGAUCGCUGCCGCUACGGUGACAGCGUUGAGACGUACCGUACCAGCAGCGGUACCCGGCAUCACCUUCCUCAGCGGUGGUCAGUCCGAGGAGGAGGCGUCGGUCAAUCUGGACGCCAUCAAUAAGCACCCAGCAAAGAAACCUUGGGCGUUGACCUUCAGCUACGGACGUGCUCUUCAAGCUUCCGUACUUCGCGCAUGGCAAGGCAAAGCUGAUCAGGUCUCCGCUGGCCAGCAAGAGUUGCUUAAGAGAGCCAAGGCUAAUAGCGAUUCGGCACUUGGCAAAUAUGCGGGUGGUGUCACUGGCGCCGCAGGAGAUGCAGCACUUUUCAUCGCCAACCACGCGUAUUAGAUUCAUCUAUAGAGAAAUUCGAUGUAAGAGAGAGAAUACCGUUAGAAACGUGGAAUAUUAAAACCUAUCGUUGGAAGCACUUUGCAAGAUCAUCGUUGUCACCGUCCUUCAAGUUGCGCGAAAGAAGAGAGAUUUUCCUCGGGGACGAACAAAACGCACACAAAGCCGGAAGUUGUAAACAAAUUCUUACUUUUUUCUGCUUUUAAAUAUAGAUUAUUUCUCACGGAAAUAAUCUACAUUUUUUAAUCGAGUUUUAAGCAGCCUUUUACGUUUUACAUAAAAUCUUUUAUAGUGAUUUCUGUCGAUUGAUUGUGAGUAUAAUUUUUAAUUGCUUCGCGGCUGUGAUUUGAUUCGUCGCUUGUUAAAUCGAUAUUUGUGAGAUUUUACCAAUGAAAUCUAUCCUAUUGGAACAAACUAUUAUUAUUCAGUCACAUAAUUUUUUUUUUAAAAAAGAUUAUAAAGAAGAAAUUUAUAUUUCUUUUUAACGAUUUAUAAAAAUUUUCAUUUAAAUAUGACAGAGAAUAUCAGAGAAUAGUUUCUUCAUACAGUUUGAUAUAUAAAGAAAUAUAUAAAGAAAGAAACAAGGACAAUAUUUUUCCGAUUUUAUCUAAUUUAUAAUUAAGUUGGAAAAUAUGUUGCAAGAAUUGAUAAAUAAUUCAAUAAACAAAUAAUUUUCAUAAUAAA